UGUCAGCUGAUUUACUGCGGCGGCGGCGGCGGCGGCACCUUGCAACUCGGGCGGGGAGAGGGCGACGGGCAGGGCGUGCGGUCCCCAGGGAUCACCGACCCGCGGUGGUGCCCGCCUCGUCCUCUUCACGUGCGCUCCUGGCCUUGGCUUCCCGGACCCUAGCGCCCACCAUGGCUCCCACAGGCAGGAUCACGGCGUGAGGUGAAGCUGUGACAGGUUUGACAACGCAAUGGCAGGAAACAGCCUAGUUCUGCCCAUUGUUCUUUGGGGCCGCAAAGCACCAACCCAUUGCAUCUCAUCAGUGCUUUUAACAGAGGAUGGGGCCACAAUUGUAACAGGAUGCCACGAUGGACAGAUAUGUCUCUGGGACCUUUCAGUAGAACUGGAAGUUAAUCCUCGAGCAUUGUUAUUUGGUCACACAGCAUCAAUCACUUGUUUGUCGAAGGCCUGUGCAUCUAGUGACAAACAGUACAUUGUGAGUGCAUCUGCAAGUGGAGAGAUGUGCCUCUGGGAUGUGAAUGAUGGCAGAUGUAUUGAAUUUACAAAAUUAGCCUGCACACAUACCGGCAUACAGUUCUACCAAUUCUCUGUUGGAAACCAGCGAGAAGGAAGGCUUUUAUGCCAUGGACAUUACCCUGAAAUCCUCGUCGUGGAUGCUACCAGCCUUGAGGUGUUAUAUUCCUUAGUAUCAAAGAUAUCACCAGACUGGAUUAGCUCCAUGAGCAUUAUCCGAUCUCACCGGACACAAGAGGACACUGUGGUAGCCCUCUCGGUGACAGGUAUCCUGAAGGUGUGGAUUGUUACCUCUGAGAUAAGUGGAAUUCAGGAUACUGAGCCGAUAUUUGAGGAGGAAUCCAAACCAAUUUAUUGCCAGAAUUGUCAAAGCAUCUCUUUUUGUGCAUUCUCACAAAGGUCACUUUUGGUUGUAUGCUCCAAAUACUGGAGGGUGUUCGAUGCUGGAGACUAUUCCCUGCUGUGCUCGGGCCCUAGUGAAAAUGGACAGACGUGGACCGGAGGGGACUUCGUGUCUGCAGAUAAAGUCAUCAUUUGGACUGAAAAUGGGCAAAGCUACAUUUACAAACUCCCUGCCAGCUGUCUUCCAGCUAGUGAUUCAUUCCGCAGUGAUGUGGGGAAAGCGGUUGAAAAUUUGAUCCCUCCUGUACAACAUAGCUUCUUGGAUCGAAAAGAUAAAGAGUUGCUAGUUUGUCCUCCUGUGACUCGGUUCUUUUAUGGAUGCAAAGAAUAUUUCUAUAAGCUGUUAAUUCAGGGUGACUCUUCUGGACGAUUAAAUAUUUGGAGCAUAUCAGACAUAGCUGAAAAACAGGAAGGUGAUGAAGGGCUAAAAAUGACAACUUCUAUUAGUUUGCAAGAGGCAUUUGACAAGCUGAAGCCUUGUCCUGCUGGAAUUAUAGAUCAACUAAGUGUGAUUCCCAACAGCAACGAACCUCUUAAAGUCACUGCCAGUGUGUAUAUACCAGCGCACGGACGACUUGUUUGUGGCCGGGAAGAUGGAAGCAUAAUUAUUGUACCUGCCACCCAGACUGCUAUAGUUCAGCUAUUACAAGGGGAACACAUGCUCAGAAGAGGUUGGCCCCCUCACAGAACUCUCCGUGGUCAUCGGAACAAAGUCACAUGUUUGCUGUAUCCUCAUCAGGUCUCAGCUCGCUAUGAUCAAAGAUACCUGAUAUCUGGAGGUGUGGAUUUUUCUGUCAUAAUUUGGGACAUAUUCUCUGGAGAAAUGAAACAUAUCUUCUGUGUUCAUGGUGGCGAGAUCACUCAACUUCUGGUCCCACCCGAAAACUGCAGCGCAAGAGUGCAGCAUUGCAUCUGCUCUGUAGCCAGUGACCACUCAGUAGGACUUUUAAGUUUACGAGAGAAAAAAUGCAUCAUGUUGGCAUCUCGACACCUGUUCCCUAUUCAGGUGAUCAAGUGGAGGCCUUCUGAUGAUUACCUGGUGGUGGGAUGCUCAGAUGGCUCUGUGUAUGUCUGGCAAAUGGACACUGGUGCACUGGAUCGCUGCGUGAUGGGGAUAACAGCAGUAGAGAUACUGAACGCUUGUGACGAAGCAGUUCCUGCUGCAGUUGAUUCACUUAGCCACCCGGCAGUCAACCUGAAACAGGCUAUGACAAGACGUAGUCUUGCCGCCCUCAAAAAUGUGGCCCACCAUAAGCUGCAAACCCUUGCAACUAACCUGUUGGCUUCUGAGGCCUCUGACAAGGGGAAUUUGCCUAAAUAUUCUCAUAACUCGCUGAUGGUUCAAGCAAUAAAGACAAACCUAACAGACCCAGACGUCCAUGUGCUUUUCUUUGAUGUGGAAGCUCUGAUUAUUCAACUCCUGACUGAGGAAGCCUCUAGGCCGAAUACUGCACUUAUUUCCCCAGAGAAUCUGCAGAAAGCAUCUGGCAGUUCAGACAAAGGGGGCUCUUUUCUAACUGGAAAACGAGCGGCAGUUCUCUUCCAACAAGUGAAGGAAACUAUCAAAGAGAACAUUAAGGAACACCUCCUUGAUGAGGAAGAGGAAGAUGAGGAGACAAUGAGGCAGAGGAGGGAAGAAAGCGAUCCUGAAUACCGGGCUAGCAAAUCCAAGCCACUGACCUUACUAGAAUAUAAUCUCACUAUGGACACUGCGAAAUUAUUCAUGUCCUGCCUUCACGCCUGGGGCUUGAAUGAAGUUCUAGAUGAAGUUUGUCUCGAUCGCCUGGGAAUGCUGAAACCACACUGCACAGUGUCCUUUGGUCUCUUAUCCAGAGGAGGUCAUAUGUCAUUGAUGCUUCCUGGUUAUAAUCAGGCUGCUGGUAAACUGCCACCUGGGAAAGCAGAACUAGGAAGGAAGCUGCCAACAGCUGAGGGAGUAGGAAAGGGGACAUACGGAGUGUCUCGAGCAGUCACCACCCAACAUCUCCUGUCUAUCAUAUCUUUGGCAAAUACUUUAAUGAGUAUGACCAAUGCAACUUUCAUUGGUGAUCAUAUGAAGAAGGGCCCAACCAGGCCACCAAAACCAGGCACCCCAGAUCUUUCUAAGGCAAAGGGUUCCCCUCCAACUUCCAGUAAUAUUGUGCAAGGACAGAUUAAACAAGAAACUGCUGUACCUCAAAUCUGUCCUCUUUCUUUCCAUUCUCCUCUGCAAGUUGCUGCACCUGUCGUUUCUGCUCGGUCUGCUGCUGAUCACUCUGGCUCUGACUCUGCUUCUACUCCUGCUUUACAUACCUGUUUCUUAGUAAAUGAAGGAUGGAGUCAGUUAGCUGCUAUGCACUGUGUCAUGCUGCCAGACCUGCUGGGGUUGGAUAAAUUUAGGCCUCCACUUCUGGAGAUGCUAGCUCGAAGAUGGCAAGAUCGAUGCUUGGAGGUCAGAGAGGCUGCACAGGCCCUGCUUCUAGCAGAGCUGAGAAGAAUUGAGCAGGCAGGACGAAAAGAAGCCAUUGAUGCUUGGGCUCCUUACUUACCUCAGUAUAUGGACCACGUCAUAUCACCUGGAGUCACAGCAGAAGCCAUACAGACAAUGACUACUGCUCCAGAUGCCUCAGGACCUGAAGCCAAGGUCCAGGAAGAAGAACAUGACCUCGUUGAUGAUGACAUCACCACUGGUUGCUUAUCAAGUGUCCCACAAAUAAAAAAACUGUCCACAUCUUAUGAAGAAAGGAGGAAGCAGGCUACUGCGAUUGUUUUACUUGGAGUCAUCGGAGCAGAAUUCGGGGCUGAAAUUGAACCUCCGAAACUGCUGACUAGACCACGAAGCUCUAGUCAGAUUCCUGAAGGAUUUGGUUUGACGAGUGGAGGCUCCAACUACUCUCUGGCCAGACAUACUUGCAAGGCACUGACAUUUCUGCUGCUACAGCCUCCCAGUCCCAAACUUCCUCCUCAUAGCACCAUCCGGAGGACAGCCAUUGAUCUGAUUGGGCGUGGGUUCACUGUAUGGGAGCCGUACAUGGACGUGUCCGCUGUUCUGAUGGGGCUUCUGGAACUGUGUGCAGAUGCUGAGAAGCAGCUUGCCAACAUCACAAUGGGGCUGCCUCUGAGUCCGGCAGCUGACUCCGCCCGCUCUGCAAGGCAUGCCCUCUCUCUCAUUGCCACUGCCAGACCACCCGCCUUCAUCACUACCAUAGCCAAAGAGGUACACAGACAUACAGCUCUUGCAGCAAAUACCCAGUCACAACAGAAUAUACACACCACAACCCUUGCAAGAGCUAAAGGGGAAAUCUUGAGAGUCAUUGAGAUCCUUAUUGAAAAGAUGCCUACAGAUGUUGUGGAUCUUCUUGUGGAGGUUAUGGACAUCAUUAUGUACUGCCUUGAAGGAUCUUUAGUUAAAAAGAAAGGUCUUCAGGAAUGCUUUCCGGCAAUCUGCAGGUUCUACAUGGUCAGCUAUUAUGAGCGGAGUCACAGAAUCGCAGUUGGAGCGCGCCAUGGUUCAGUGGCCCUGUACGACAUCCGGACUGGAAAAUGUCAGACAAUCCAUGGACACAAAGGACCAAUCACUGCAGUGUCCUUUGCUCCCGAUGGGCGAUAUCUUGCCACCUACUCAAACACUGACAGCCAUAUUUCUUUCUGGCAGAUGAACACAUCACUCUUGGGAAGCAUUGGCAUGCUGAACUCGGCACCUCAGCUGCGCUGCAUCAAGACUUACCAGGUCCCCCCGGUGCAGCCAGCAUCCCCCGGCUCCCACAAUGCCCUUAGGCUGGCCCGCCUCAUCUGGACUUCCAAUCGAAAUGUCAUCCUCAUGGCCCAUGAUGGGAAAGAGCACCGCUUCAUGGUCUAACACUGCUGUCUGCUGCACUGACUACCUGUUAGUUCUCUAGCUUGUCUAAGCCGAUAUUGCUCUGUCUUCACUCACACUGGGCUGUUGCUUGCUACCUGCCCUCCCCAGUGCCAUCCAGGAGCAUGGCCAAGUCUGUGUCACUUGUGCAUGCUUCUUGGGGGCAGACUCAGCACAGGCCACCUAUCGAUUCAGACACACACACUAUCAACACACACACACACACACACACACACACACACACCACUCAACAAGAUGUGGCCAUUCUGUCAUUAGGUAGUUUUUCCCUGCCAGAGAUGGGAGGGGAGAGCUGGCUGUUCCUAGGGACGUUCUUGUUGCUUGGUGCAAUAGAAGCCCGAAAUCAAUAACCGCUGUGAUUGUACUCCCAGCCCUGAUCCGCUUUGCCAGCCCUUGAAGCCUGGCUCUGAAAUGCAGCUUGCAUUUGGCCAGGCCAACCUGGAUGCUCAGUCAAGGCAGACUCCUCAUUAUAGAAAUGACUUCCUUUUGGAUUUCCUGAAACAUACUGUUGUUUACCAAACCCAUUCUGUGUUUACAUUGGUUUUUUCCUUUUAGUAAUUGAUAGGAAAUUACUUAAUUCUGUUUCCAAGGAUUUAGCCACUAACUUCUUCAGUAACACCAAUCUUAUUAAUGAGAUUAAUGAGAAAAUAUUAAAAUCAUACGUUUUUCCUUUUAGAAAAUAAUUUUCCAGAUACCUGGCCUUCUAAAAUGAUCAUUUCCUGUUUAAAUGUUAGUAUAUUUUGUAGAUUAAAACAAAAAUCAUUCCUACUCACAAUGUAGCGAAUAUAAUUAAACAGUCACUAUAAAUGAUCUUCUAAGGAGACUUUGCGAUAAAGAACCAAGUUUGAAUGCAUAGCAUAUACAUAUAAUGAAGGCUCUCCUGUAUGUUGCAUAUAUGUAAAAUGAAGGCUCUCCUGUGUGUUGCUAUAGAUUCUUUUGUUCAGGAAAGAUCUUCCUCCUCUUCAGGAACUUUACAAUGUGCAAUUCUCAAGUGUAUGAUAUAUGUCGGUAACCAGUGAUAAUUAUGAGCCAGCCUUCCAAAUACCAAUGAGUUAAAGAAAAACUAGGAAGGCGUCUCUUUUAGGUAAACAUCCUAGAAAUCUAUAUGGGCACAUUUUCCAGUGUACAUGGGAUGUAUGGGCUCUCGGUCUGUGUGGAUAGACGUUACAGUGACAAUGUUCAUCUAGCUUUCAACACAGCUUUAACUUUAUCACUUGCUUCUUCUCAUGUUAAAUUAUAUUGUUCUUAUCUUAAUGGAAAAAAAAUCCAUAAUGCAGUAUUUUGUAUGAGUUGUUCCUAACAAACUUUGUUCUGUAUAUAGUUGGAGGGUGCAGGUUGGUUGGUUGGUUUGGGUGUUGAUUAAUUGGUGAGCUGGGCAAGGUUUAUUAAAUGCAAGAAUAAAAAAAGGAAUUAAAUUAAGAGAAAAUAUGUGAUAUUUACAGAGGAGCAAAAAUAAAAAUGUUUAAUCUUAAAACACAUAUAUUGUCAAAGUUUACAGAAUAUAUAGAAAAGUAGGAUCAAGAUCCAGGAACAAAUAUAUAUCUGUCUGUUCCUUCACUCUAACAGUUCCUUAAAGAACACAUUGAAAGCUCACAUCCCCAGAAUGUCUUCUGCAUACUGAUGUAUGUUAUUUUUCUUGAUGGCAACUCUGUACUAUUCCUUGGAUUUAGAUGUUGAUGUUCUUUCAAAAAUGAAUUUAUGCCACUUGCAUGUACAUGGUAUUUAUAAUGAUUACCUAUGUAGCUUCCAAGAAGGAAGCCAAGAACUGUACAGUGUAGACUUUGUUUGAUGAACAUGCUAUGUUCAGUGUAGAUCGAGAAAUGUGAGGUAAACUAAUGCACUUUGUUCUUCCAGUAGGCUCCUGAGCCUGCCCUCUGCCCAGCACAGGUUUACUAAAUGAACCUCAGUGGGACUUAAACUAUUUGGAAUGAUGAGCUAAAUAUACACCUUGGAAAAUUUUUAAAUCAGAAUAUUCCAUCCUUUAUGAAGGAGGCGUGGGACUGGUGGGAUGGCCAGCGCACAUGCACAAAUGGUACCUGUCGUAGAAAUCGAGAACAAAGCUAUGAUGUUACAAUCUCUAAUUGUGGUCCAGGCCAGUCCUUCCGUGCCCUGUGUGCUUAGUCAGAAAAAUGCAAGGACUGUAAAACUCUGUGAGAAUAAAACUUGAUGCUAGAAGACUAACUGCUAAAGUAUAGUUUACAUUCUCAUUGACACAAUGCUCUCCUUAACUAUUUUGACAUCCAGGGUCCCUAACAUCAUCCCAGCUUAAAUUCCUCAGCACUGAGGUAAACUUUGCAUUGUCAUCCCAGUAUACACUUAUAGUGUUUUAUUGAUUUUGUUGGCAUAACACUCACACUUUGUCCUUGUAAGUGCAAAGACAUAUGUGGCUUCACUGGUAAUUUACAAGCAAAAGGUGACAUGAUGUGACACCUGUAUGAAAAUAUUGUAAUGAUUGAACUCACUGUGUAUAGUGAAUGAAUUAAAAUGUCUGCCUCCCAAGACAUUUAUGAAUGAUUCCACUUAAUUUGUGUUGAAAAUCCCUAUGUAUAUAUGUGUGUUAAAUAAAACUGAAUUGUACUGAA